CGCCGGCGCUGUCCAGGGCGGCGACGCCGCGGGAGAGCUGGGGCGCCGGCGGCACCGGCAGCGGCGGGGGUCGGCGCGCCCGAGCGGGGCCUCCCGCGCCCCGGCCCGCCCUGCCCGGCGGGCGGCCCGGCGAUGAGCCCGGACCCGAGGUGGCCGAUGUGACAGCAUGGGGGUGGACUUCGACGUGAAGACUUUCUGCCACAACCUGCGGGCGACGAAGCCACCCUAUGAGUGCCCCGUGGAUACCUGCCGCAAGGUGUACAAGAGCUACAGCGGCAUCGAGUACCACCUGUACCACUAUGACCACGACAACCCGCCGCCCCCGCAGCAGACCCCCCUCCGCAAGCACAAGAAGAAGGGGCGCCAGUCCCGCCCGGCCAACAAGGCAUCGCCGAGCCCCUCCGAGGUGUCCCAGUCGCCCGGCCGCGAGGUGAUGAGCUACGCGCAGGCCCAGCGCAUGGUGGAGGUGGACCUGCACGGCCGCGUCCACCGCAUCAGCAUCUUCGACAACCUGGACGUGGUGUCUGAGGACGACGAGGCCCCCGAGGAGGCCCCCGAGAAUGGCAGCAACAAGGAGAACACCGAGACCCCGGCCGCCACCCCCAAGUCCGGCAAGCACAAGAACAAAGAGAAGCGCCGCGACUCCAGCCACCACCACCACCACAACGCCUCGGCCAGCGCCACGCCCAAGCUGCCCGAGGUGGUGUACCGGGAGCUGGAGCAGGACACCCCCGACGCCCCGCCCCGGCCCACCUCCUACUACCGGUACAUCGAGAAGUCGGCGGAGGAGCUGGACGAGGAGGUGGAGUAUGACAUGGACGAGGAGGACUACAUCUGGCUGGACAUCAUGAACGAGCGGCGGAAGGCGGAGGGCGUGAGCCCCAUCCCGCAGGAGGUCUUCGAGUACCUGAUGGACCGGCUGGAGAAGGAGUCGUACUUCGAGAGCCACAACAAGGGGGACCCCAACGCGCUGGUGGACGAGGACGCCGUGUGCUGCAUCUGCAACGACGGCGAGUGCCAGAACAGCAACGUCAUCCUCUUCUGCGACAUGUGCAACCUGGCGGUGCACCAGGAGUGCUACGGGGUGCCCUACAUCCCCGAGGGCCAGUGGCUGUGCCGCCGCUGCCUGCAGUCGCCCUCGCGCGCCGUGGACUGCGCCCUGUGCCCCAACAAGGGCGGCGCCUUCAAGCAGACGGACGACGGGCGCUGGGCCCACGUGGUGUGCGCGCUCUGGAUCCCCGAGGUGUGCUUCGCCAACACCGUCUUCCUGGAGCCCAUCGACAGCAUCGAGCACAUCCCGCCGGCCCGCUGGAAGCUCACGUGCUACAUCUGCAAGCAGCGCGGCUCGGGCGCCUGCAUCCAGUGCCACAAGGCCAACUGCUACACGGCCUUCCACGUGACGUGCGCCCAGCAGGCCGGCCUCUACAUGAAGAUGGAGCCCGUGCGCGAGACGGGCGCCAACGGCACCUCCUUCAGCGUCCGCAAGACGGCCUACUGCGACAUCCACACGCCGCCGGGCUCGGCCCGCCGCCUGCCCGCCCUGUCCCACAGCGAGGGCGAGGAGGACGACGAGGAAGAGGAGGAGGACGGGAAGAGCUGGAGCUCCGAGAAGGUCAAGAAGGCCAAGGCCAAGUCCCGGAUCAAGAUGAAGAAGGCGCGGAAGAUCCUGGCCGAGAAGCGGGCGGCGGCCCCCGUGGUGUCGGUGCCCUGCAUCCCGCCCCACAGGCUCAGUAAGAUCACAAACCGCCUGACCAUCCAGAGGAAGAGCCAGUUCAUGCAGCGGCUUCACAGCUACUGGACGCUGAAACGCCAGUCCCGGAACGGGGUCCCACUGCUCCGGCGCCUGCAGACGCACCUGCAGUCGCAGAGGAACUGUGAUCAAGUCGGGGUGCCAUGUGACCAAGUCAGGAGAGACUCCGAGGAUAAGAACUGGGCCCUCAAGGAGCAGCUCAAGUCCUGGCAGCGGCUCCGGCACGACCUGGAGCGCGCGCGGCUGCUGGUGGAGCUGAUCCGCAAGCGGGAGAAGCUCAAGCGGGAGACGAUCAAGGUCCAGCAGAUCGCCAUGGAGAUGCAGCUCACCCCUUUCCUCAUCCUCCUUCGCAAAACCUUGGAGCAGCUCCAAGAGAAGGACACGGGCAACAUCUUCAGCGAGCCGGUCCCUCUGUCUGAGGUCCCCGACUACCUGGACCACAUCAAGAAGCCCAUGGACUUCUUCACCAUGAAGCAGAACCUGGAGGCGUACCGCUACCUGAACUUCGACGACUUCGAGGAGGACUUCAACCUGAUCGUCAGCAACUGCCUCAAGUACAACGCCAAGGACACCAUCUUCUACCGGGCGGCCGUGCGGCUCCGCGAGCAGGGGGGCGCGGUGCUGCGCCAGGCCCGGCGCCAGGCGGAGAAGAUGGGCAUCGACUUCGAGACGGGCAUGCACCUGCCGCACAGCCUGGCCGGGGACGAGGCGCCGCGCCACGCGGAAGAGGCAGCCGAGGACGAGCGGCUGACCCUGCUGGAGAGCCAGAAGCACCUGCCCGCGGAGGAGCAGCUGAAGCUGCUGCUGGAGCGGCUGGACGAGGUGAACGCCGGCAAGCAGAGCGUCGGCCGCUCCCGGCGCGCCAAGAUGAUCAAGAAGGAGAUGACGGCGCUGCGGCGCAAGCUCGCGCACCAGCGGGAAGGCGGCCGCGACGGCCCCGACCGGCACGGGCCCUCGGGCCGGGGCAGCCUGACGCCGCACCAGGCCGCCUGUGACAAGGACGGGCAGACGGACAGUGCCGCCGAGGAGAGCAGCAGCCAGGAGACGAGCAAAGGCCUGGGUCCCAACAUGUCCUCCACCCCCGCACAUGAGGUGGGCAGGAGAACCUCAGUUCUGUUCUCCAAAAAGAACCCGAAGACAGCUGGACCGCCCAAGAGGCCGGGCCGGCCCCCCAAAAACCGGGAGAGCCAGAUGACCCCCAGCCACGGAGGCAGCCCUGUGGGGCCCCCCCAGCUCCCCAUCAUGGGCCCCGUCCGUCAGCGCAAGCGGGGGAGGAGUCCCCGGCCCAGUUCGAGCUCAGACAGCGACAGUGAUAAAUCCACAGAAGACCCCCCAAUGGACUUACCAGCCAACGGCUUCAGCGGCGGGAAUCAGCCAGUCAAGAAGAGCUUCCUGGUGUACCGGAACGACCGCAGCCUCCCCCGGAGCAGCUCUGACUCAGAGUCCAGCAGCAGCAGCAGCAGCAGCGCCGCCUCGGACCGGACCAGCACGACACCCUCCAAGCAGGGCCGGGGGAAGCCCUCCUUCUCCAGGGGCACCUUCCCGGAGGACAGCAGCGAGGAUACCUCAGGCACCGAGAAUGAGGCCUACUCGGUGGGCGCGGGCCGCAGCGUGGCCCACAGCAUGGUGAGGAAGAAUCUGAGCCGGGGAGCUGGCUGGUUGUCAGAGGACGAGGACUCCCCGCUGGACGCUCUGGACCUGGUGUGGGCCAAGUGCCGAGGGUACCCGUCCUACCCAGCUCUGAUCAUUGACCCAAAGAUGCCCCGGGAAGGCAUGUUCCAUCAUGGGGUGCCCAUCCCUGUGCCACCGCUGGAGGUGCUGAAACUUGGGGAGCAGAUGACCCAGGAAGCCCGAGAGCAUCUCUACCUCGUCCUCUUUUUUGACAACAAGCGAACCUGGCAGUGGCUGCCCAGGACCAAGCUGGUUCCUCUGGGCGUGAACCAGGACCUGGACAAGGAGAAGAUGCUGGAGGGCCGCAAGUCCAACAUCCGCAAGUCGGUGCAGAUCGCCUACCACCGCGCCCUGCAGCACCGCAGCAAGGUGCAGGGCGAGCAGAGCAGCGACAGCAGCGACAGCGACUGAGCCUGCCCGAGUGGCACCUCUGCACUGACUCAUUCCUGGUCUUGGGGCCAGUCUCAGGGGAAGCGGGUGGGGGAGGUCGCGCCUGCCCCGAGUGCAGCUGGACUGUACCGGACACUCCCAGCGCCGGAGAGGGGCAGGUCCGCAGGCCAGAAGGCUGAGACCUCGGUCGCGUGCAGCGCGGUGGGGCCCGGGGCGGGACGCUGCGGCACAGGCUGCCCCACCGGCGCCACCUGCUCCUGCCCGGGGCCGCAGGCUGCGCGCCGGCAUCUGCCCAGCCUAGCAGUGGGACUGAUGUCUGUCCAGCCCGGAAGAGGGGCACCAGGUGACCCCCUCCCCCGCUGUUGUAAAUACUGUAAUUAGCGGAGAAUUUAAAUUAUUCUCAUUUGUAACUGCGUUUCCGGGUCGCGCCAGAGUCAUUUGGUACUAAACAAAAAGCCUGUCCCCGCUGCCCUCGUCCCAUAGGCCCCCCACCUUUCAAACUGGUUUGUAUUUAUUUCAAAGAAAAAAAAUAUAUUGAUUCUUAGAAAAUGAA